ACAAUUCUGACCCCAUAGAUUCAUCAGUGUUGGUUGUUAUUUUUUAAAUUGGUGCGUGCGCGUGCGCGGCGCCCCCUACUGUCUGUUCUUCCUUAGUGCUUUGUAGAGAACAUGCCUGUACUUGUUAGAACCAUAUUUGCCCAGACAUGUACUGUAACCAAAUGAGUCACACACUUUAAAACCCUGAGCUGUGUGUGUGUGUGUGUGUGUGUGUUCAGUCACAUGCACACCAACACCUUCAGUCUGAUUUCCACUGAGCUGAUGUUAUUGAUGAUGUCAUCCAAGGUGCCUGGAAAUGUGUUGAGGUCAGUGUGUAGUGCUGGUGUUGGUUCUGCUCGGAGGUGUUUGUUUGGUGCAGUGGAUCAUGAGGAGCUGCGGCGUGACUACACACUACUGAUGAGGGCAGAGCUGGAAGACUCUUCACGCCGCUGGAACUUCAACUUCACUUCUGACAAACCAUGGGUGGGCGGAGACUUUGAGUGGGUGGGGCUUCCUGUGGCGCAGGUUCCUUUUAUAUACCAUGAAUGCACAGUAGGGGCAAAGUGUCGACCAAAGGGGGUGGAGCCUCAGUGUGAUCUUAAGCACGAGGACAUUAAUAAAACACCUGAGCAAAAUACACACAGUGCAGAGAAACACACACUGAAGAGGAAACAGACCAACAUCACAGAUUUCUAUCAGGCCAAAAGAAGAGUCGUAACCACCAGGAAGUCAGGCCAGUGACCUGAGGACACACACACACUCUACAACUCAGGACUGUUUGAAGAGCUUCUGUACAGAACACUAACAUUUUCCAUCUAAUAAUUCUUUUAUUUUCUAGGUUUUAAACACUUGUGCAGUUCCUGUUAAAGAUUAAAACACUGCUUUUGCUACACACACACACACACACACACACACAGCACAUUUAAUUUACUUUUAUUUCAAAGGAAAAUGAUAUGAUUAUAAAUGUUGAUCUGGAGCAGACACACACACACACACAUUAAUCUGCACUAAACUUACAGCUGCUAUAAAUGUCAAUGUUUAUAACUGUAGGUCAUAAACUGCGUGUGUGCACAUGCAGAUUCAGAGAAUUGACUUUAUUUAUUUAUUACAUGAUGUGCAUUAUACGUGUGUUUAUAUAUCGGAAUAAAUAAAUUUGUUGGACAAAAACAA